GUCCAGAACAUCCUUCCUGUCAGUAACCUACUGAGAUUUAAGGGGUUAAACCACUAAGGAGUGCCCUCUAACAUUACACAUGAUCUGUUUCAUACAAUUAAGGCAUUCCCUUCAGUAAGUGAAACAUGUCUUUUAGCUUCAAUAUACAAGCAUAGUAGCAUCUAUCGAUUGUGCAUUUACACAACGUUAACAGUCAGCUAACAAAUCAUUACUAUCAUCUCGGUGUAAUGCAGAGGACGGACAUGAGGACGGAGGACAGAUGUGUGUUGUUGUCAGGGGGACUGUCCGCGGUGCUGAUGUUGCAGGGAGGGGCAUGACGUCACGGGAGAGACCGGGAGGAAGAGGAGAAGGGGGAGAGAAGAAGAGGGGGAAAGAGAAGGAGCAGGAGGAGGAGAGAGCGGGGGGAUGACUGCAUGAAAAAAGGAGGAAAAAAAACAAAACAACAAUCAUGACUCCUUUAAUCCAUCCUACGGGUUUUUUCUUGAUAAAUCAUAAUGUUUGGUCUGUUUACCUACACAGUAUGCCGCAAUAAAUGACGAGCCAUCCCCGAUAAGUGUGAGCUGGCGUGAGAGAGAUGUCAUCUCCAGGCAUGGGCACCCCCAGUGAUCCCCUCUUGGCCAGUCCAGGAGGGAGAUUAUCCACAGCUCAGGAAGGUAUCUGGAGGAGCUCACUCCCCAAAACUGCCAGCUUCCCCACAUCCACCACUCGGCACCUCAGUCACAGAGCCAAUAACUUCCAAAGACAGCCAAAGCGUCGGAAGCUGAUAAGACCUUCGCCACCGCCGCCGCCCAACACACCCUGUCCCCUGGACCAGCUGGACCUCAGUGAGCUUCCCCCAAGGCGUACCUUUCAAGAGCUGGUCUUCAAUGGCUGCAUACUGUUUGGUAUUGAAUUUAGUUAUGCCAUGGAAACAGCUUAUGUGACUCCUGUGCUUCUACAGAUGGGAUUGCCUGAUCAGUUCUACAGCUUGGUGUGGUUUAUCAGUCCCAUACUGGGAUUCCUCGUUCAGCCUCUCAUUGGAGCAUGGAGUGAUCGUUGUACAUCCCGGUUUGGGCGAAGAAGACCCUUUAUUUUUGCCUUGGCUAUAGGGGCUUUGGUUGGUCUAUCACUGGUGCUGAACGGGCGGGACAUUGGAAGUGCACUUGCGGACACAGCAUCAAAUCACAAGUGGGGAAUUGUCCUGACAGUGUGUGGUGUGGUUCUGAUGGACUUCAGUGCUGAUUCAGCCGACAACCCGAGCCAUGCCUACAUGAUGGAUGUGUGCAGCCCAGAGGACCAGGAUCGGGGGCUGAACAUCCAUGCAUUACUGGCAGGACUAGGAGGUGGAUUUGGCUACAUUGUGGGCGGCAUCAACUGGGACCAGACACAGUUUGGAAGGUCGAUGGGAGGUCAACUACGGGUCAUUUACAUGUUCACGAGUGUCACUUUGGUGAUCGCCACAGCCAUGACUCUGAUGAGUAUCCCCGAACGGCCCCUACCAAAGAGCCAGCCGAGCAAAAACUCUGGCAAAACCCAUCUAAAAAGCCCCAGCCUCCCUCUUCCUCCCUCUCCCCCUGUUCCCCCAGGGUCAGCGAUGGGGCUGGAUGAAGAAGAUGAGGAUGGUCUUUACAGCUACAAUUUCUCUACAAAGUCUCACCCAAGUAACUCUGAGCCUCUGGCCCAUUCUUGCAGUGCCAAUGCACGCCUCUGUGCUGGCCUAACUAGCCCCAUAUCACCCCUGAGCCCCCUCACACCAAAAUAUGGCAGCUUUAUUAGUAGGGACAGCUCACUCACUGGCAUCAAUGAGUUUGCCUCCUCAUUAGGAACCUCCUAUAUAGACAGUGUGCUCAUAAACUGCUACACAGGUCAGCAGACACCACAGGCUUUGGCCUCUAACUCCACCACUGCGCCCCUGCCUCCAGGGGACUCUCCUCCUGACGAGUCCAGACAGGGAGCAGGGAGCAAUCCUGCAGGACAAACCCAGGCUGACGUGGCAUCUCAUCCAGCUGAGGAAGCUCAGGAUGCAGAAGCGUCACAGCCUGAGGGAGAUGCACAAUCUCAAGGAGCAUCUCAGGUCACAGCUGGGGCUCAGCCUGGUGCAGGGUCACAUCGGAGCUCUUCUGCUGGUAUCCUGAAGCGACCUCAGAGUCUUGCACUAAUAGAGGAGCCGAUGGCAAACCAGAUUGUUGGGCUGGAGAAUGGACGCAGGAGAACAGUAACCUUCAGCCAGCAGGUUGCAAACAUUUUGCUGAAUGGGGUGCGCUAUGAGAGUGACCUGAGUGAGAAUGUGGAGACAGGAGAAUCCCAAAUGUCAAUGAAGCUGCUGUGUAUAGCCAUCUACAGGAUGCCUCCCUCUCUGCGAAGUUUAUGCACUAAUCAUUUUUUGGGCUGGCUGUCCUUUGAAGGUAUGCUGCUCUUCUACACUGACUUCAUGGGGGAGGUUGUGUUUGAAGGUGACCCAAAGGCACCCCAUGACUCCGAGGCUUACCAACGCUACAAUGCUGGUGUUAGCAUGGGCUGCUGGGGCAUGUGCAUCUAUGCAUUCAGUGCUGCUUUCUACUCAGCCAUAUUGGAGAAACUGGAGGAGCGUUUCUCUCUUCGUACACUAUAUUUCUUUGCCUACCUGGCAUUUGGUUUGGGCACAGGCCUGGCCACACUAUCCACCAACAUCUACGUGGUACUUUCUCUCUGUGUCACCUAUGGGGUGCUCUUUUCCUCUCUAUGCACGCUGCCUUACUCUCUGCUGUGUGAAUACUACCAGAGCCCUCAGUUCUGUGGCUCAUCAGAGGAAGGGACCAGACGGGGGAUGGGGGUGGACAUCUCUCUGCUCAGCUGCCAGUAUUUCCUGGCUCAGAUCCUGGUCUCUGUGGCGAUGGGACCUCUGACCUCACUGGUGGGUGGGGCCCAGGGAGUGAUGUACUUUUCAAGCCUGAUGUCAUUCGUGGGCUGCCUGUACUCCUCUCUCUGCGUGGUGUACCAGCUGCCCCCCCCUGAGGGUGAGCCCCCCGAAAGCGAGACCCAGCCACUAUUGGUGCACAUUUAGAAAAAAAAAUAAAAAUAAAAGCCUUUUGAUUUACUUUACCUCACACACACACCCACCCACCGGCACAUACGCUCUCACGCUGUCGCUUAGUGUCUGAGUGUGUUGACCUUCACAGCACUGAUAGGGCAAACACACUGUGCACCCUGCCGCACACUGUACAGCACAAUUCCAUAUAUUGUUUCACACUAAUCAGCACUGUUCCUCUCAGAGCUAGACAGACAGACAGACAGACAUUGGCCACUGCUCUAAUAUGUGUAUACAUGACCCAUAUGUGUUCAUACAGUGUGUGUGCCCAUGCAUCUUUUCCUAACUUUUGCAAAUGAAUGUGUGUGACCAUUCUGAAUGCAGAUGAAUGGAUGUGUGUGUGUGAGAGAGAGACUGUGAGUGAAUUCUUGUAGUGUAGAGAAGCCUAAGUUGUUUCUGUGUCCAAUUCUUUGCUGUAAAAUCUUGCAUCAUCUUUUCCUGCUUGUCUGUGUUUAGAAUAGAAAUGUUGAUCACUACGUGCAGGCUAACCACAGCUUUCCCUUAGUUUUUCUUCCUUUUAUCAGUUGCCUAACGUCUGCAUGAGCUGCAAUGUAAUCUCUUCGAACCUUGUGUUAACAUUUGUUUUGGUCACACGGCCAAGGGAAUGUCUACCUGCCUGUUUCUCUGAGUUAGUGUAUCAGCAUCGACACCCUAGGAAGGAUUUUCUGACAAAAUGAAUGUGCUGCCAGUGAUCACUCACACUCACACCGUUAAUGCUUCAUUAAUUCAACAGCUUUUCUGGCAUAAUUUGGCAAACACAUAUUUAAUAUUCACAUGAAGCUGAAUUUAAUCACAGUUACAGUCAUGAAGGGCUUCACAUUGUCUGAGACUUAUCAGUGUGCUAUUCCCAAAUUUCACAGUCUGGUGCUGGGUGACUCUUAAUAAAGUCCCAAGUAUGAGUACAAUGCCAAUUAAGCACUUAAUCAGUGUAAGGCCAUGACUAAUAGGAUGACACACAUACAAACGCUCGUACAUAAACUUUCAAAAACACAGAGAAAUGUGUGCUGGUGGCAAAUUCUGUCUGGGCCCUCACUAAGCCAUCGACAGCCGUGAGCUGUCACCCUACUCCUGGCCAUGCCAUUGUAAUAAUGACAGUGAUUCUUGUCAUUAUCAGGAAGAGGAGAAGUUGAAACUGGGGUGUGAAUCAGCAUUCAGUCGGAAACCGAACAAAACAGAAGAACAGGGAGAAGACUCAUGUGAACUAUGGGUAACCCUGAAGGUGGACAACAAUGAAAAGACUGUGGGGGUUCAUAGAGCCAGCAGCAAGUGCUUAUUGUCAUCAUUAGGGCGCAUGCUUAAGGUAGUAGGCUUCUGCUCCACCACGCACAACCCAUCAACUCAGUUUAGAAAGCAGCAGAUCAUUUUUCCAUCCUGAAGAAGCCAUCUUUAACGAACAAAAUGAUACAAAUAAUGUUUUAUAUAUACGUUGUGCCAUGGCUAACACUAAGUUUUGUCUAUUCAGCCUCAACACAGGUACCAAGCCUGAUUUCAGGGCUUUAACACACGGUUAACUUUAAUAUAUGACCUGUUUUAAGCCUUGUCAUUGUGAUGGUUUCAUCGACUGGCUCACACAGACACACAUUUAAUACACCAACUCUAGGAUGCCAGUCAUUAUUGCUGCCUCAGCAGAAUGUCAAUAAUUGCCUACUAUUAAAGCCUCCUGGUCUGACUGGAUGCACGCCAUGCUAAUGUUUCUGAGGAAACUAAGCAUGGAUCAUGCUGUUGCAGCUUGCUUGAGAAAAAAAAAACAAUACCACAUUGGGUUUUUGUGUUAUGGUACCACCUAUUGCUCAAUAUUAGCAGUGUUACUGUAAAAGCUACUUUUAUUCAGGGUUCAUUUAAAACUAAAAAUGAUCGUUUUGCCACUUGGGACUCCUGUGUCGAUUACUUUCACUGAUCACUGUAGCCCGAAUCAAUUGUCACCCCAAUUGACUUGAGCAUUAAUCUGUAAGUCUUAUAUUGCACCACAAGAGGGAGCUAGGAGACACAUGACAGUGAUCCAUUGAUUCUGUGCACCCUUUUCCAUUACUGAGUGAGUGAGAUUAUUCCUGCUCCUUCCUGCAUCUAAGACAGCCAUUUUCCAUGUUAAGAAAAUGGGGUCAAGUGACAUCAUCUACGUAUGAAGCUGUGGUUUUUAAAAAAGCAGAACUAAUAUAUAAACAGGUAUUCAUUCACACAAAAAUAGAUGUACUUAAGUAAAAAGACAAUUUAUUUGUUAAUCAGAAUAUACAAAGCAGUGGCUGAAGUAACCGAAUGUCAUUCUGGUUCUGAAAAAGGCAGUCUUGGACACAAAACUGGGCUACCCAGCCAUAACAUAAAAUUCAUUGAAAACGUAAGAAAAACAAAAAGUAUAAAUGGUACAAACUUGCGUGGAAUGCAUACAGAACAAAUGACCAAAGCUUUAAGA